AUGGCCAAAACCAGUGCAGUCAAACGCAACCUAGACUCCUACACUAUCAGAGGCACCAACAAAGUCGUCAAAUCUGGAGACAAUGUGCUGUUGCGAUCACCGGAGAGCAAUACUACUCCUUAUGUGGCUCAGAUUAACAAGAUCCAGAUAGACAAUAUAAAUAAUGUGACAGUUCAGAUAAGAUGGUAUUACAGGCCGGAGGAUUCCAACGGAGGUCGUAAACUAUUCCAUGGUGAGAAAGAACUGUUCUUGUCUGACCACUAUGAGUUUCAGAGUGCUUACACGAUUCAAGGUAAGUGUAUGGUUCAUUCUUUCAAGAAUUACACCAAGCUAGAGAGGGUUGGAGCUAAGGAUUACUAUUGCCGAUUUGAAUACAAAGCUGCAAUCGGUCUUUUUUUACCUAUUCGCGUUAGAGUGUAUUGUAAAUGCCAAAUACCUGAGAACCCAGACCAUUUUAUGGUGCAGUGUGAAGAAUGCAAAAACUGGUAA